UGCAUCGAUAAAGAGACCAACCCUUUUCUCUUCUCCCUCCUUUCUCUCUGCCCUUUUCUUCCUUUGCUCUCUCUCUCUCUCUCUCUCUCUCCAACUCUCUAACCCUAAUUCUACCGCCAAUACAUGACGGGUUGAAGGUUCAAAGUUGAGCAGAGAUCUUUUCUUUUUCGUCAGCAACAGUUAAUUUCUUGAUUUAUGGUUGGUUCUUGGUUCAAAGACGAGAGAAAAAAAAAAGUAUGUUCAAAAGGCCUGGCUCGUGUGCUGCAGAUCAGAGCUUUAAAGACAUGGUUGGUACUUUCUGAACAAAAUAAUAUCUCUCUUCGACAAAGAAAUCUUGAUCUCUUUAUUUCUUCCUUGCUGCAGCAGCUAUAGCUACUCUUAAAUAUGAGUUGGUUGUAACUUGUAGUAUAACUUGUAAGGAAGUUAUAAGUCUGCCCAAAAAAAUCUCUCUCCAUAUCUCUGUCCCUGUCUCCCCCCACCCCCCCUACGUUAGAUUCUUUUUUGGUUUGUUCAUUGUUUCGUUGCUUCUUCUCCUUUUCCUCUCCUUUCCUUUUUUUGGUUCUUGUUUCUAGAAUUCAGAACUCUCUCUGCAGAGAGACAAAAUGGAUUCUGGAAACAGUGGAAGUCUUCAGUCAUCAAGUGGUGAUGAAGAGUACGAUUCACGCGCCGAUUCCAUCUCGGCAGCUCUCAUGACUUCCCACCACCACAACCACCCUACUCCGCCACCAGCGGCACCACCACUGAACCCAACAAACACUUCCUCCAUCUUUGACUCUCUGUCUAACUAUUUCGACCCCAUUUCACGGCCACCACAGAAUCCUGACUCAUCCCUCCUCAAUCUGGAGAUGUCCUGGUCUACAGCCCUAAGAUCCAACCCAAAUUUGUCUGAUAUCAAUCCCAACAUGGUUUCUGCAUCUUCAAUCCAAUCCCUUUUUGGCUCAAACCAACAGCAACAAGGUUCUUUCGCCACUACUACCCCAUCUGUGUCAAUCCCUUCAUCUGUGCAAGAGAAUACCAGUGCUACAAAUACACCUAGACAACAAGCAGCACCAGAGCAAAAUAAUCUAGCCCAAGUGGUACGUAAUCCAAAGAAGCGAUCAAGAGCAUCGAGGCGGGCGCCAACAACUGUACUCACCACUGAUACCUCCAACUUCAGAGCCAUGGUCCAAGAAUUUACAGGCAUCCCAGCUCCACCCUUCACAUCUUCUUCACCGUUUCAAAGACCAAGACUUGAUCUUUAUGGUACCAGUCCUUCUAGCAUGAGAUCUAAUAACCUUAUAGAUUCAUCGCAACUACAGCCACCUUAUCUUCGUAGGCCUUUUCCUCAAAAAGUUCAACUGCCUCCUCCUUUUAUGGCUUCAUCGGCUUCAUCAUGUUCUUCUCUGUUGAAUUCAUCCUUAGUUGAUCAUGCUGCAAUAGCUUCACCAAAUAGUACUAGUACUAACAACAACAACAACAACACUUCUGGAUUAAACAUUAGUACUUCCACUAAUCCUACUUUCCAACUCCCUCUCCAAAGCGCAAAUCUUUUCAACUUGCCAACCCCAAUUCUCACUUCACUUCUUCAAUCUAACCAUGUCAAGUAUCAGCCUUCCAAUUGCCCUGUUAUCGGAUCAAAAACAGCCCAAAGUUUAGAUGAAUUUGGCUUAGGCCAGGGUCAUGUCAACACAAGUUCUUUAAGUGGGCUUCCGGGGCUCAUUUCUUCCGAUCAAACGACGUCGAGGAAUGGUAACAAUCCGGUUAACUGGGGAAGUUCGAGUGCUGGGGUCGGUUCGAACGAUGGAGGAGGUGAUCAAGGUCAUCAGAGCAGGUCUGGAAAUGGAAACUUUAGUUUGUCAAGAAGUGUUAACGGUGCUGGAAAUGGGAAGCUGAGUUACUCCGGUUCUUCCUCCGGUUUUCACGGGGAGAAAGGGUCGUCGGAAAAUGUAGCUGUGGCUGUUGCACCACCACCAGCAAGAGGGGAAGGUAUGAUGGAAUCUUGGAUAUGUUCUUCAGACUAGAAAUGAUUACAGUGUUAGAAAGUUUGGAGAUAAUGAUGGUGAUUAGUUUGAUGAUGACCAUUACUAUGAUGAUAAGGAGGAAAAAAAAAAAAGAGACAAGACAUGGGAAAAGAUAUUAAUUAGUACUACUACUAGUGUUGUCUUCAAUGAUCUUAACCAUGACUUUCACCAAAGCUUAGAGCAGUGUAGUUUGGUCUAAAUUAUGUGUAAAUAAUAGUUUUCCUUUUUCGGUC